AUAACAGUGCCAUCAGGAAUCCUUAUCUUGCAUCAAUACAUCGGUAGGGGCAAUGGCCUUCGGACACAACCGUAGGUACCUUGAAAUUCGUAUGAGAAGAAGAAAAUCAGUACAUGUAUGAAUAUGGGACAAAUUUACUAAUAUCUUACGUCAUAAAUAUAAAUUUAUCAAAAUUCUUUAAUUUCGUAAGAUACUGUGUGAUCAGCAGGUCGCCAAAGUUCAUCUGUCAAUCAGACUGGCUAGUGCACCCCUUCAUACUACAGCACAAACAAACAAAGAUGUUGUUUGCCACAUGUUCACUAACAACUGCUGUGAAGUCUGUAAGAGAAACUACUUGGCUCUUACAUUAUCAAAAUAUAUGUAAACAGUCAUCAAAUGGCUACAAAAUUCAUGCAUGCAAGAAGACUGACUUCAAAAUACAUGCAAAACUAAAUAGCAAUAUGGCACAGUAUUCAAAUUUUGCCAUGGGGAGUGAAGGAGUACUACCAAAGCAAGCCCAAAUUGUUAUAUGUGGAGCGGGAACAGUAGCAAAUUCUGUUGCAUAUCAUCUAGUACAGAAUGGGUGGAAUGACAUCCUAGUGCUUGAACAGAAAAAAAUUGGAAGUGGUACCUCACAUUUUGGUUCUGGUACUCUAGGUCUUUUCAAACCAAUAGCAGAUAGAAAUCUCAUAAUGUACAGUAUCAAACUGUAUAGAAGAUUACAAGAACUGGGCUAUGACAUAGGAUUUAAACAAAUUGGCAGUGUCAAUUUGGCUCAGACAAAAGAUCGCUUGAUUGCUUUAAAACGACGAAUGGCUUAUCACCAGGCAACAGGUCUUCAUUGUGAGGUAGUUGGAAAUAAGGAACUGAAGAAUUUUCAUCCAUAUCUGAGAACUGAAGACUUGGAAGGUGCGAUAUGGGUACCUGAGGAUGCUGUAGCUAAACCUCAGGCUAUAUGUGAAGCAUUAGCAAAACUUGCUAAGGAAGGAGGUGCCCGUUAUGUGGAGAACUGUCAAGUGCUACAAGUCUUAACGGAGAAUGCUCGCAUUAAAGGGGUGGAGACGAACAUUGGUACAGUUUUCUGCGAGUAUUUUGUCAACAGUGCUGGCAUGUGGGCACGAGACCUGGGUUUGAACUGUUCUCCAAGAGUUCGAGUGCCAGCCAUUCCAGCUGAGCAUUUCUAUGUCACUACCCCAUGUUUUGAACCAGAGCUUGAUUCCUGGCUACCAUGUGUCAGAGAUUAUGACUCUCACACAUACAUUCGUGAGUGGAAGGGUGGCUUCAUGGUUGGUGGGUUUGAGCUGGAAGCUAAACCAGCUUUUGGUGGGGCUGGUAUACCUGAAGAUUGGAAGAAUAAGCUCCCACAGGAUUGGAAUCAUUUUAUGCCACUUUGGGAAAAAGCUAUACACCGUUUACCCAUACUGAAAGAUGUCCAUAAUCCAGUGCUUACAAAUUCACCAGACAAUUUCACUCCUGAUGGGCGGUGGAUCUUAGGAGAGACACCAGAGGUGAAAAAUUACUUUGUGUCUGUGGGGAUGAAUGGUAACUCCCUGCAAGGAGCUGGUGGUAUCGGUAAAGCUGUGGCAGAGUGGAUUAUUGAAGGUGUACCAACAACAGAAUUGAUUCCAUUUAGUGUUCAGCGAUUCCUGGAUCUGCACAAUAAUAGACAAUACCUCCUGCAACGCACUAGGGAAGUAGUUGGCAGGCACUAUUCAAUUCUAUAUCCGCAUCAGUGUGAGUACAAAUAUGCUCGCAAGUUACGAUGCUCUCCAUUGUACAGUGUACUGGAAAAACGGGGUGCAGUAUUUGGGACAAGGAUGGCUUAUGAGCGGGCGCUCUACUUUGAUUCUACAUACAAAGAUGGUGAUCCGCUACCUCAGAUGCCACCUGGAAGCUUCUAUAAACCAAAGUUUUUUGAUUUCAUGCGUGAAGAGUAUUUAGCUUGCAGAGAAGGUGUAGGUAUCAUUGAUAUGUCAUCAUUUUCAAAGAUAGAAAUUAAGUCAAGUGGCAGUGAAGUAGUAGAUUAUCUUCAACGGGUGUGCUCAAAUGAUGUCAACAUCCCAGUAGGAGGAAUAGUUCAUACUGGAAUGCAGAAUGAGUAUGGUGGAUAUGAAAAUGACUGCAUGAUUGUCCGCCAGAAUGAUAAUUCUUUCUUCAUGGUGUCUCCUACGAAUCAGCAGACUCGUACCUUUGAAUGGAUGCAGCGCAAUCUUCCCCCUGACCAUUCUGUUGGACUUACUGACAUGACAUCAAUGUACACAGUGAUAAAUGUUGUUGGACCAAAAUCCCGUGACCUCAUGUCAGAAUUGUCCAAUUCUGAUGUAAAACUUCAUCCAUUUACUUACAAGAAAGUGAAUGUGGGUUAUGCGUCUGAUGUUAUGGUAAUGUCAUUUACUCAUACAGGGGAGCCUGGAUACUGCUUGUAUGUUCCUUCAGAAUAUGCUCUUCAUGUUUAUGACCGACUAAUGACGGUUGGCCAAGACUAUGGAGCGAGAGAUGUAGGUUGCCUCACACAGCGUUUUAUGCGCAUUGAAAAGUUCAUUGCUUUCUGGGCUGAGGAACUGACAAGCCUCACAACACCAUUUGAGGCUGGUGCAGGACAUCGUGUAAAAUUAGAUAAAGAGUACUUUAUUGGCAAGUUUGCUCUUCAGCGCCAGAAAGAACAAGGAGUUACCCAGAGGCUAGUUUUCUUUGUUUUAGAAGAUAUUGAUCCAGAUAUACAUAUUUGGCCAUGGGGAGGAGAGCCAUUAUACAGAAAUGGUGAAUUUGUGGGAACUGUUACAUCAGCUGGAUAUGGAUUUACUUUGGACAAGCUGAUAUGUGUUGGUUACAUUAGACACCCUGGCAUAACCAAGGGAGAUUCAAAUGGUCAUCAAAUUGUUACAAAUGAAUUCAUUAUGGCUCCUGGUGCAAAAUAUGAAAUUGACAUAGCUGGCCAAAGGUUUCUAGCUAAACCACAUAUACGUGCACCAUAUAUCCCACACAUCAAUAUGGAUUCUACCAGCUGCAGAUACCGACCAACUGUUGUCAGUCUUAAAGCUAUGUAAACAUCCAUUUUUUGGUUGUUACAAUAUACCAGUUGCCACUAAAAUUAAAAAUAAUUCAAUGCAUAAUUUCAUACAUUUCUCAGGCUAUGAUACCCCCAUGCAGACACUGACAAGUUAGUACUGCAACUAUCUUCAAACCAUGAUUGAAGUUUCAUAAUGUCAUUAUGAAUCAUUAAGUAUUUAUUUAAUGAUUGUUACUAUGUUUUAGUUAAAUUAUUAAGAUCAAGCAUAUAGGGAAUUGAUUUAUCAGUCCUCAUAUUUUAAAUUAUAAUGUAGUCUUCUUAUAAAUAAUAUUUACAUCACCAACUUAUUCCUGAAUGCUGUGAUAUCUGUUUAGUAAUGUUGAAAGGUGUUAGGGGGGAAGGAAAAGUGUCAAAUUACAUUUCUUCUCCCUAGUAUGAGCUUUCAUAUUAGAAUAUAUUUAAAGUCCACUGUUUUAGAUCUAAUGUAUUAUUUUAUUUAUGGUUUAUUUAAUGAUGCUGUCAGUAGCUCAGAAGAACUUGUGAGCAGUUUAUCUUUAUCACUCUUUAUGAAGACCAACAAAAAAGUGAAUGUAUACUUUUGCUGUUUUUCCAGUGGAAAUGGACAAAAUCAUGCAACAUGCUAAGACACUGUCUACAUUUACUGUGGUACAGCAAAAUUGAAUGAAUAGAGUAUUGUGAUAUUAAAUUCUGUAUAUGUAGCACCCUUCUAAUUAUUUUAUCUAAAAUAUAAACUGUUUCAUUUA